GACAGCAAAAACAAACCUACCUGUACAUAACACGUCUGUCUCUCGCUGCACACACAAGCUUUCAACUUCUACAGCAUGGCUUCUUCUCGUGGGAAAAAUGUCAACUUCGUGCACAACGAUGAGAUAUGGAAGAACUACGUCCGGCAUGAGCUGAGCGCCCUGCUCCGGUGGCCGGACAAGUGGGGCUUCCUAAAAACGGAGUACAACAAGGUGUACGCCCGUAUGGCCGGUGACCGUGUGACCAGGACGCCCACACCCGUGAUGGCCAACUACACCAAACUCCCGCCCAUCGCAGCUGCUGCAAAACCAGCUUCUCCACAGAGGAAGAAGUCUACCAAGCCUAAGGAAAGAUUACCCAGCCUUCGCCCUCCCACUCCUACAUUCCCUAAGACGACAGCGGGUCUGAUCGGGUGGAAGUCUGCCCGGCCGGACUGCCAGCUGGAGAUCUACGGGCGGUACGCACCGAACGCCCGCGGACAGAAGGGCAUCAUCAAGAUGCUGGGAUGGCCUCUACAGGGCCUGGACUGAGCAGGCACAGAACGGGAAAAUGGGCCAACCUAAAUAUAAAGGCCACACCAAUUUAAUUUGUUGGUUCUCGGAUUUGCCUCUUCAUUUUGUUCUGAUUUGCCAAAAAAAAAUACUGGUUCUGAAUUAACUAAAAAAUGGUCAACAGUUGAGGGAAAGUCCUUCUCUCCUUAGUUGUUACAGUUUUUCCAUCUGUCAAUGCAGUGGUUUGAUUAAAAGUUCAAAAUUCAUU